AUGAAGUUUGAGAUUAAGAUAGCGAAUGUAAGCAAGUUUAUAGGAGGUUUGCUAUUUCUUCUAGGGAAAAAUACAAGAGCUACACGGAAGGAAGAAGUAGUGGACUGCAGCAGAUCUUCUCCAAUAAGCAAUGAAGACUCUAACAGCGAUAAGCUAUGGAUAGCCACAGAGAGCUCUGAUAACACCAAUACUAGCGAUGAAAAACAGAAAGCAGAAAGUUCAUUCGAAAAAGAGAUAAAUAUCUUUCUAAAAGAGAUCUUUUCUAAUCCAACCACUAUGCCACAAGAUGAUAUCAUAUAUCAAGCUAUGAUAAACUCUGAUAUAUACGACCAAAAUCAGAAUGUAAUUGAUAAUAGCCAAAAAGAAGACAAUGGAGUUAGUGCAACAAUUUCCUUAUUAGAAGAAAAAAGCGCUCCUGAGUAUAUCAGAACUAUAGACGGAUCAAUAUAUCCUGUUAGAAAAGAAGAGUGUUCAAGCACUUCAGACGCACUUUCUUCUCUUAUCAAUCUAGUCCAAGAAAUAGAACAGAGUCCAUAUAGCACAGCAGAAAUGUAUGAAAACAAUAAUGAAGUUCAGAACAAAAAAGUUUGCAGCUAUGAGAAUUACAGUGCCCCGUCCUAUUCAGCUGUUUCAUGCAGUACAAAUAAUACUUCAAAAAAAAGGAAAGAAACAUGGAGACCGUAUAAGGACUCUAAGACUAGUUAUGCUUUGAAAAAACACUUAAUAGGGAGUAUGCUGGGCUCAGAAAAUGUGCAGAAAGACCAAGGAAAUUAUACUUAUCUAUCUUCGAGCAUAGAAAAUGUACCAGCGAUGAGCCAAAUAGAAAGCAAUGUGUUUCUUCAGCAGCCACUGCAAUUAACAAAUGAUAUGUCAUUUUCAUAUCCAAUGGCUAAUCCUGUGCGUAGUUUAGAAGAGCAACGCAUAGAAAAAGCAUCAGAAAAGCUCGCUCGAUUCUCUCUGCUCGAGCUGAUAAUCUGUGACAUCUUCUUCAACAAUCCUAAAAAGUUAGAGUAUAAUUCCAAAGCAGUAUAUACUCGAAAUAGAAUAGAGUAUAGUGAAAAAUUUAAAAAUACAAAAGUACUAGUAGACUCUAAUAAUUCUUCGAAGACACUAAAAAAAUUGAACUACGGAACAGAAGAGUCCUGUUGUAAUCUAGAAAACAUGCCUGAAACCUAUGCACAUGAGAACCCAAAAAGUGAAAGAGAAUCCAACCCAGCUCGUACAUCUCUACGUAGAACAACAGGAUUUCCAAGAAGUCUUCCCCCAUCGACUCAUUUUAGACCAGACAGUGAAAAUGAAUUUCUCUACACUGCUCUAUUCAAGUAUGCAAGAUAUAUACACACUAUAAAAACCUUGGAGGCGCUGAUAAACAUUGAAAGUCAAACUUUUAGAAACAGAGACCCAUUUUUAGAUAUUUACUCCAGUACACAGGUAAGCAUUCUGGACUUUGUGAAUGUUUGGGUGUGCCGUUUUUUAGAUUUAGCAACUAAAGAUCCUUCGAUAAGUUCGAAGAUAAAAUACACAGGAUCUCUACCGAAAGACUAUCUGCCUAAAAACGCAUGGAAGAUUUCUUACUUUAUUUAUUACAUAAACGACCUAAUUGCAAUGGAAAAAAUACUUUCUCUAGCAAUUGUCUCUGAAAUAUCAUUUAAAAUAGAGUUUCUGAUUGUGGAGUAUAACAUUGUAGUAUGUGAAGAGUUCAAAAAAAUAGCAGAGAACAAAAAAAUAUCGAUUAAGACUCUGAUAGUUUCAUUCAGCAAUUUAUGUAAAGUCUCCAGCUUUGUUUUCUACCAAGAUGCACUAAAAGCAAUGGCAAACUCUUUUAUAUAUAUGUCUAAGGUUUUUGAAAACAUUUAUUUACUAGUAGAUUCUUUAAAUGGGUUUUUUUCUAGUAAUGAGAGAAUAAUUGACAUACUGCGUAUUUUAUCAAGUCAAGUAGUUUGCAUUAGCAAUAAUAUAUUUGUUAUAGGAAGAAAUGAAACAGGCCUAGUCAUUAUCUGA